AUGGAACUAUUAAAACGUACCCAUGGGAUUAUCGGGACUUUACUCAAACCAUAUAAGGGCAGACAGCAAUCUGAAAGCUACACAAAGAAGCUCAAAGAUUUAAAACUUAGCUGGGAGGAAACUCUCUUUGAUAUUGCUAGUUGUAAAUGUAAAUACCUUAACGAUUGCCAUUGUUCCAAAGAGAAGAAAAUUCCAGCACAAGAAAGGGAAUUUGUAAUAGAUCAGCGAACUACCAGAAACCUAGUCAUAGGAUCAAUUGAUGUAGCAUCCUCCAGGAAAAUAGCAAAAAGAAACCAAAAAAAGAUGGGACGAUCCCAAGACCCUGAAAAACAUUUUGAAAAACGCCUAAAAUUAAAGUCUAAGGAUACUGCAUCUGGGCCAGGAGACUCUGAAAAUGAGACUAGGAAUGAUCCGGAAAAGUUGCCUGACUAA